AUGAAACGUUCCAUAAUUCGUAAAUUGAAUAAUCAACUUUUAUCAGUUACUAUCGAUAUUAGUAGAAAGAGAACACAAGAUUAUCUAACAAACAAUAAUGUAAUUAUAUUUAAUCAUAUCUUUACUAUGUUUCCUAAUUUAGAAUAUUUUAAUUUUGGUCGAUCUUCAAUUUCCGAUCAACGAUUAUCCUUUUGUUUUAUACGUCCAACUGUUAUUUCUAUAAAUUUGUUAGAAUUCCAUGUCUGCUUGAAAACUUUUUAUGAUUGUCUUUAUUUACUUGAUGGAGAUUUCAAUCAAGUUCGUAUACUUUAUGUUGAUGUUGGUGUGAUUAACUUUAUGAAGAGAAGUGUCAAUAAUACGGAAAAACUAGCCAAUUUAAAAUCCUUUUGGCUACAUUGUAAAUCGAAAAUAUUUGUUUAUGAUGAAUUAGUUGUACCAUUUUUACAUCGAAUGUCAAAUUUUUUUUAUAAUGAAAUUAAUUUACCAUCAAAUGAAGAUAUUCAAAAGACAUUUAAAGAUUUUAAAGAUAAACAAAUUAUCUAUUGGAGUGAUUAUUUUCCAACAGAAAAAAAAGGUUAUUGUCGUAUUUAUUCAUAUCCAUAUACACUCAAAUAUUAUCAUGAUAUAACGAAUCAUUUUUCAGGUGGAGUAUUUAAAUAUGUUCGAAAAGUAUCAUUAUUUGAUGAACGUCCUUUUCAACAUGAAUUUUUUCUUCAAAUUCAGAAAUCAUUUCCAUUCAUGAAAGAAUUAACUGUAUGUAAUGAAAAACGACAAAUUAAUAAAGAAUUUCUCAAUCAUUAA